GCCGCCGCCGCCGGAUCGGUUUCUCGGGGUUUGACCAGCUGUCCCAGGCUAACCCUGCUCUCUGAAGAUGGAGGAAGUAAAAACAGGAUUACCCUUAGCUACAGCUCCACUGCCUUAGUUUCCAUAGCCAACUGCCGUGCACAAACACACCUCCACUAGGCAGAGAGAGCCGACACUAAUAAAAACACAAACAAAAGGGUGAUGGAAGUGAUUCACUGCCUGCGCGGCUGAGCACUGCACUUUGACUAUGGAAGCAGAGGCUGCUGAUGGAUAUAUAACAUCAGGUGACAAUGAGCUUUCGCCUGAAAGGGAGCACGGCGGCAUGGCCAUUGACCUCACCUCCAGCACACCCAAUGGGCAGCACACCUCCCCCCGUCACAUGGCAAGCACAAAUUCAGUAAAGCUAGAAAUGCAAAGUGAUGAGGAAUGUGACAGGAAGCCCUUCAGUAAGGAAGAUGAGAUCAGGGCUCUGGAUGAAGGAAGCAGCCUGGAAGACCCCCUCACUGAGAGUAACGAGAUGAUGGAUAACAGAAAGAUCCAGGAGCUAUCGAGCGAGGGAGGAAUCCGGCUUCCGAAUGGUAAACUGAAAUGUGACGUCUGUGGCAUGGUUUGCAUUGGGCCCAAUGUGCUAAUGGUACAUAAAAGGAGCCACACUGGUGAACGCCCCUUCCACUGUAACCAAUGUGGAGCUUCUUUUACUCAGAAGGGUAACCUGCUGAGGCAUAUCAAAUUGCACUCUGGAGAGAAACCAUUCAAAUGUCCUUUCUGCAGCUAUGCCUGCCGACGGAGGGACGCCCUCACAGGACACCUCAGGACGCACUCUGUGGGGAAGCCUCACAAGUGCAACUACUGCGGCCGGAGCUACAAGCAGCGCAGUUCACUGGAGGAGCACAAGGAACGCUGCCACAACUAUCUGCAGAAUGUCAGUAUGGAGGCUGCUGGGCAGGUCAUGAGUCACCAUGUACCUCCUAUGGAAGAUUGUAAGGAACAAGAGCCUGUGAUGGACAACAAUAUUUCUCUGGUGCCUUUUGAGAGACCUGCUGUUAUAGAGAAGCUGACAAGCAACAUGGGAAAGCGUAAAAGCUCCACCCCACAGAAGUUUGUGGGUGAAAAGGUCAUGAGAUUUGGCUAUCCAGAUAUUCCCUUUGAUAUGAACCUAACGUAUGAGAAGGAGGCUGAGCUGAUGCAGUCUCACAUGAUGGACCAAGCCAUCAACAAUGCAAUCACCUACCUUGGAGCUGACCUGCACCCCCUGAUGCAGCACACACCAAGCACAAUUGCAGAGAUGGCCCCAGUCAUCAGCUCAGCUUAUGCUCAGGUCUAUCAUCCUAACAGGAUAGAAAGGCCCAUUAGCAGGGAAACAGCUGACAGUCAUGAGAACAACAUGGAUGGCCCAAUCUCCCUCAUCAGACCAAAGAGUCAAACCCAGGAUAGAGAGGGCUCCCCCAGCAAUAGCUGCCUGGAUUCUACUGACUCAGAGAGCAGCCACGAAGACCGACAGUCCUACCAAGGAAACUCUGCCUUAAAUCCCAAGAGGAAGCCAAGCCCAGCUUAUAUGAAGGAGGACGCCAAGGCUUUGGAUGCCGCUAAAGCUUCUAAGGGCUCUUUAAAGGAUAUCUACAAGGUCAUCAAUGGGGAAGGGGAGCAAAUUAGGGCAUUCAAGUGCGAGCACUGUCGCGUCCUUUUCCUGGACCAUGUCAUGUACACCAUCCACAUGGGCUGCCAUGGCUACCGGGACCCACUAGAGUGCAACAUCUGUGGCUACCGAAGCCAGGACCGCUAUGAGUUCUCGUCGCACAUAGUCCGAGGGGAGCACACAUUCCACUAGGCCUUCUCAUCCAAAGGGGACUCGUAUGAAGUAGAACUGCACAUGAAGAAAUACUGCACUUACAAUCCCACUUUUCCUCAGACAUUGAGACGCCUAUUUUGUUGUUGUUGCUGUUGUUGUCGUUGCUGUUGUUAACCUUAUUUUUUUGUGGACCCAGCCUCAUUUGCUCUGCCCAGCAUAAGAAUGGAAAGAAGGAAGGGAAGGGGUAAAAGAGAGGUUUGUUGUUGCUGUCACUUUUUUUGGUGAGUAACCCACCUUGCUUCCUGUGGGAAUUGAAAGUCAGUCCAUUUCUGUCUCAAUCAGCUGUACUUUGUGUCUGGUUCUGGGAUAUCGCUCAACCCUGCUAGGUGCUAUAAAAGUCCUGAUGAGAUACCACUAAUUUACAUUUUUAGACAAAUAAGUAGAAAC